CCUAAUUGUUGCUGCCCAUCCCAUUAGACCCGGCAACUCUCGGCCUAAGCGAGAGAACCAAAACAGAGUCGCCACCUCUCGGCCGCUGCCUUCUUUGUCAGAACCGUCACGACCGCCACCAUCACCGCCGCCUGCUGCGAUGAAGCUCGACGUGGACGCUCUGCGGUACCUUUCCAAGGACGAUUUUAGGGUUCUAACGGCCGUCGAGAUGGGCAUGAGAAACCACGAAAUCGUACCAGCCGAGCUCGUCGAUCGUAUAGCCGGCCUCAAGCACGGGGGGACGUACAAGGUGUUGAAGAAUCUGUUGAAGCAUAAACUCGUGCACCACGAUUCAUCCAAGUAUGAUGGUUUCCGCCUCACAUAUCUUGGGUACGAUUUCCUCGCUAUCAAAGCACUUGUCAAUCGUGGUGUGGUCGCUGCCGUAGGCCGUCAAAUUGGCGUAGGGAAGGAGUCUGACAUUUUUGAGGUAGCCGCAGAAGAUGGGACAAUUAUGGUGAUGAAACUGCAUAGGCUGGGGAGAGUAUCAUUCAGGGCUGUGAAGUCUAAGCGUGACUAUUUGAAGCAUCGGAGCAGUUACAACUGGCUCUACUUGUCACGGCUUGCUGCUCUCAAGGAAUAUGCUUUCAUGAAGGCACUAGGAGAGCAUGGAUUUCCUGUGCCAGAUGCUGUUGACUGUAAUCGGCAUUGUGUAGUCAUGUCCCUUGUCCAAGGCUAUCCACUUGUCCAAGUGAAACAGUUGCAGAACCCAGACGAAGUAUUGGAAACAAUUGUUGGUCUUGUUGUUCGUCUAGCAGAACAUGGUCUUAUACAUUGCGAUUUUAAUGAAUUUAAUAUCAUGAUAGAUGAUAAUGAACAGGUCACCAUGAUUGAUUUCCCUCAGAUGGUGUCAGUAUCUCAUCGCAAUGCAAAGAUGUACUUCGAUCGUGAUGUUGAGUGCAUCUUCAAGUUCUUUAGUAAGAGGUUCAAUCUCUCAUACCAAGAGGCUGAAGACGAAUACGACGAGACAGAAGCUGAUGUUGAGGAAAUUGAAAGGCCAUCCUUUUCUUCAAUUGCUAAAACAACUGGUUUCUUGGACAAGGAACUUUCGGCCAGUGGUUUUACACGAAAAGAUCAAGAUGACAUAGAGAAGUUUAUCGAAGGAGGAACAGAGCAAAAGGAUACUACAAGUUCUGAUGAUGAAGAACUUGAAGACCAAGAGCAUACACAUAUAGAAGCAACAGAUGAUUCUGUAGCUGAAAAUAUAGAUUUCUUGGAUUUAGAAGAUCAGAAACAGGAGGAUGCUGCUGCUUCAUGUAAUGUUAGCAUACAGAAUGAGGACGAAAUAUUGCAAUCAGGAGAAAAGGAGAACAGCGAUGAGGCAGAUGAUGGUGAUGCUGAACUAACGAAGCGCCUCAAUAAGCAGAGAAGGCGAGCCAUAGCAGCUUCUCAAGGCACGCGCAAAGCCCUGUCAAGAAAUUUUUACAAGGACAAGGGUGGCAAGUCUGCCCACAAUUCAAAGAUCCAAAGGCAAUCAUGCAAUUGGUGACAGUAGUUGGUUCACUUGUUUCCAGAUCUGAGUGUUGGCAAAUGCAAUAAGAUCUGAUUGAUCUCACAGAUCCCUCAAGACUAAGAUUUAUUACAGAUCUCUACAACAGGAAUUUUGUAUGUUUAGCAAGGCUUUUAUAGUUGUACAGUAAAAGAUGCUGUAUUCAAUCUCUUUCUUUUUUUUUUUUUCCUGUUCUCAAGAUGACUACUAAAAGAUCAAAGAGUUUGAUCAGCAAUUUUUUGUUUGAUCAAGACAUCAGACUGGAUGAUGUCUACUAAAAGAUCAAAGAGUUUGCUGUACUUGAGAAAGGUGGAUUUUGAGAUGGUUCUUUUCUGAUGUAAUUUACUAGUCCUAUGCAAUUUAUUUUUCCCAAAAUUUUGAUGA